AUGCUUGCGAUUGUGCUGGUUUCGUUAGCGAAGGUCGGACCGGUCGUUGCGAUCACUGCGUCAGAGGCAGGUCCCGUCUACUCUCCAAAUAUGCCUUGCUAUGACAUAACCAAGGAUCAAAUGGUGUUGUCGACGGCGCCGAACAACAGCCUCAUUUUGGCCACUGACCUAGCUGCUGCCUUAUGCUGCCUAGUAAACAAGAGGAUGACCUGGAUUACGACGAAUAUCUAUCUUCCAGGAAAGACUGCAGACACUCAAGCUCCGACCAAGUUUGGAAUGGCCAAGCCAGGUACACUCGAUGCCGUCUUGACAGAGGUCACCCUUCCCAACUCCGAUCCUGCUGGAGUCACUGGCGUCAAGAAAAAUUCCAGUUGGUGGCCUUACGGGUUCAAAACGGCAUAUAAUGAUCUUUACAUCCAGAAUGGCCAACCCAACUCUUGCCAGAAUGCACUGGAAGCAAUGACAGGCUUUAAAGCCACCACAGUCACGCUUCAAUCGAAUGAUACUGCGGCCAAGAAUCUCUUUCGGGAUCAGCUAGUACAGUAUGCUGAUGGUUCACCUAUCAUCCUAGGUCGGAAGAAUAGCUCGAACGAUUCGCCGCAAUCGGACUGCCAAGCGGUGCUCACCACAAAUGGGACCAAACCCGAUAUUAAUGUUGUCGUCUUCGAGAAUUUUGUAGGAUGGAAGACAAUUGCGUUUGAUGAUCUCUUCCCGGACGUGGUCCAAUACACCCACCUCACUAAUUGGGACUACUUUGCAGGUCUGCCCAUAGGUGGUAAGGCUGCCAAUAGCAGCCAACCCCCGAAAGACCCUUCGUCGUCGUCGAACAGUUCAUCAAAAAGUGCGCCCGCAGCGAACUCGACGUGUCUGUCAGGACCUCAAGAUCAAGCACCGUUCACAGUCACUGUCAUCGUCAAUCAGACGGCCGGGGCAGGAGGGGUUUCAUGUAAAUGUUAG